AUGCUUCAAUUCAUUGGAUUCGUUGAAUACGAAGGUGUUGGGCGUAUAUGGUCUGCAGAUAAACUUAAUAUACUGUGCAAUGUAGAAAAUGAUGAUGGUAUCCAACAAAUUAUGAUGGAUGUUAAUGUUUUAAUUAGCAAUGGGAUCGAUGUUGAAGAAAGUCAACCAGUAAUAUGUACUGAUUCCCAAAACAUAGUUCAGGACGAUGAACCUUCUUUUGUCGACAACACUAAAGAUGCAUUUAUAUGGAACAAAAACCUUGUGACUUUGCUCAUUGAGACACGUAUUGAAAUGGACACUUCCUUUCAAGGAAACAAAUUCAAAAAAAAUGUACUAUGGACAAAAGUUGCUGAAAAAUUAAAUACAUCUUUUCCAAACCAUGCACCUGUCAGUGCCGAUAAAUGUGAUUCAAAAUGGAGAAAUCUCUGGGUUACGUACAAAGCUAACGUGAAAAAGUCAAAUUUAUCAGGAAGAGACAGUGUCACUUGGGAAUAUUAUGAUGUUCUUGAUGAACAAUUCGGAAACAAACCAAAUGUACGGCCUCAUCCAAGUACUUUAAUAAGUACACUAAAUUCAUCUUAUGCUUCUAAUGAAGAUGAUCGCCAUUUAGAAUCCCCUGAUCAAACACUAAAUGAAUCUACUGGUCAAUCUGAUAAUAUAAAAAACAAUAAUACUACCAUUAGAGAGACCAGGCAAGAAAAUUAUAAAAAGAUGAAGACUGGGUAUGGAAUGGCUGAUUAUAUAAAUUUAAAAAAAAAAGAACUAGAAAAUCAAAAUGAAAUUCAAAAAAAACUAUUGCUUCUGAAAGAAAGAGAGGUAGAUGCAUUGUGCUUAAUGUCUCAAGCUCUCAAAACUAUGGCUGAUAAAGCAAGCAACAUAUGA